UUUUUUUUAUGUGGGUUAAAAUAAGUAAUUCGAUCUUCCGCUGUAGUGCGAUUCGGACAGACGUAGGUAAUUCGAGUGAUAACUAACACCCGUGAUUUCGAAAUCGAGAUGCCGCAAGAUUCCAACGCAGAUGUCGCUUCCAUCAGGGAGUGGCUCUCUAAAGAGCCUCGUCUGCCAAAGGAUAUAGAUGAUUUCAUGUUACGGAAGUUUCUGCACAGCUGUUACGGUAGCCUCGAGAAGACGAAGAAGUGUAUCGAGAGAUUCUGUGACACCCGCGCCAACAUGCCUGAAGUUUACACUUCCAGGGACCCUACAUCGGCGAAGCUAAAGACCGCUUUCUCUAUCACAGCAGUAACCACAUGGGACGCUGGCAACAAUGAAAUCCUCAUUCACCAGUUGGAUGACCCCACACUGGAGCACUUUUCGAACUACGACGUCCUCAAGGCGUUCAGCAUCCAAGCUGAUUACUGGCUGAAGGUCCACGACCGCUUCCCCGAUGGACACAUCAUCGUCAUCGACAUAAAGGACUACACGCUCAAAAUAAUUCCAAAGGUCAAUAUCAUGUUCUUCAGGGAUUUCUUAGUUUAUCUUCUGGAAGGCAUGCCUGUUCGAGUGAAACAAGUGCAUAUUGUCAACUGCCCCUCGUACAUAGAUAAGCUGUUCUCCCUUGUCAAGCCUGCGCUACCAACGGAAAUCUGCAAUAUAAUUACUUUCCAUGAAAAACCGGAAGGCUUAGUGAGGAGUAUAGGCAAGCAGUACCUACCGACAGAGUACGGAGGUGUCGCCGGCGGUAUGAAACAGCAGCACAUGGAAUGGGUCCAAACUAUACAGGAACAGAGAUCAAUGUUCAAUGACAAUCUCUGGAAGUCAGACCUCAAGAAGAAAUCGAAGAGCAGUGCUUCAAUAAAUUCUAUGACCGGUUCAUUUAAAUCUCUUUGUAUAGAUUGAUAAGAUAUUU